AUGGAGGGCAGCGCAGACUCGUCUAGCGCUCACAUGGGCUCUGCCCCCGCACACGCCGCCGCCUCCUCGCAGCAACCCGAACCAGGUGCCAGUCCCGGAACCGGCAGUGGCCUAAAUCCCGGAGGGCCCAGGCCUGCUGCCGCUGCCGCCGACGAUGUGCCAGCUCUGCCCGAGUUGACGCUCCCCCCUAUUGUGGCCCCCUCAUCCUACUUGCGCGUCAAGAAGCCCUCUGCCCCGACCGUCAUGGCUUCUGCGCCUGACACCAAGGCCGCCCCGGGCCCUCUCGACCGCGAGCAAAAGGAAGGCCUGGAGGCCAUCCGCGACUUUCUCAAGGUCCGCACCAGCUACGACGUCCUGCCGCUGUCCUUUCGCCUCAUCAUCCUCGACACCGACUUGCUCAUCAAGAAGAGUCUCAACAUCUUGAUUCAAAAUUCCAUCGUCUCGGCCCCGCUAUGGGACUCGCAAACAUCGCGAUUUGCCGGUCUCUUGACCAGCACCGACUACAUCAAUGUGAUCCAAUACCACAUCCAGUAUCCCGAUGAGAUGAGCAAGCUUGACCAGUUCCGCCUCCGCAGUCUGCGUGACAUUGAAAAGGCAAUCGGCGCGGUUCCAAUCGAGACGCUCUCCGUCCACCCAUCGCGGCCGCUGUUCGAAGCGUGCAGACAGAUGCUCAAGACGCGAGCGCGCAGAAUUCCCCUCAUCGACGUCGACGACGAAACCGGCCGCGAAACACUCAUUUCCGUCAUUACCCAAUACCGUAUCCUCAAAUUCAUUGCCGUUAACAACGCCGAUUACACUGUCAUGCUCAAAAAGACGGUUCGCGAAAUCAACCUCGGCUCUUAUAACAAUCUCGUGACCUCGACGAUGAACGCCACAGUCGUCGACGUCAUUCGCCUCAUGGUGGACGGAAACAUCAGCUGCAUUCCCAUUCUGGAUGACAGCGGGCGGGUCCUCAACGCAUUCGAAGCGGUCGACGUUAUUCCGUGCAUCAGGGGCGGCGUAUACGAGGACCUCAGCGGUUCAGUCGGAGAGGCCCUCUGCAAACGUCCGGACGACGCGCCAGGCAUCUACACCUGUAGCGAAGACGACCGACUCGAUGCCAUCUUCGACGCUGUCCGCAAGAGCAGAGUGCACAGACUGAUUGUAGUUGACGACGACAACAAGCUUAAGGGCGUCAUCUCGCUUUCGGAUAUCUUGAAAUAUGUGCUAUAUGAAGACGGCGAAGACGACGUCAAAAAAUAA